UUUUUUCAUUUUUGCUUUCAAUUUUAAUUAAGAUUGAAGAAGAAGCAUGCUUUUCUUGCUAUUUCUAAUCUCAUUAGCACAUGCUGAGUAUGUCCCUUCAUAUGUUGGGUCAGCGCAAUAUGAUGAUCCCAACACCCAAAUUGUGAAUGGGAUUGCUGUUCAGCCCCAUUCUUACCCCUACCAGCUCUCCCUCCAGAGUGGUGGCAGUGGAUCGUACAGGCAUGUCUGUGGGGCAAUUCUUGCCCAUGAACGAUGGGCCAUCACUGCAGCUCAUUGUGUUGAGGGGCCAAUUUAUCGUGUGGUAGCGGGAGCCCAUAUAAGGAACUGUAACAACUGCACUGGUGUUGAACAAGUUAGAAAUGUUGUCUCUAUCACACAACAUCCUGGUUGGGUAUCAGAUGGCAGCCAAGGGUUCCCUAAUGAUAUAGCUCUUCUGUACUUAGAGGCACCAUUUGAAAUUGAUAACUGGGCCCUGAGGGUGAUUCCUCGUUCCACUGGGGCUACAAAUUUUGCUGGAGAUAACUGUGAGAUCACAGGAUGGGGAGAUACAACAGCUGGGGGUGGUGUCUCAGCAACUGAGCUGAAGAUGGCAACUGUUCCCAUCAUCUCACCUGAGGAAUGUACUGAAGCAUGGGGCCAAGCAAAUGAGGCAAUGCAUCUCUGCUUCUGGGACAAGACAGACACACAUUCCUCCUGCCAAGGUGACAGUGGAGGACCAAUGACAUGUAGAGAGCAGGGAAUUUCAGUGGUCGCUGGUGUUACAUCAUGGGGUGUGGUUGGGUGCAUAGGUCGCCCAGGGGUCUACACUAGAAUGUCUACCUACAAUGACUGGCUGUGUCAGAUAACACAGAAUGAACUAUUGGGUUGUGACUUAUGAAACAAACAAACCCUCAUAGACUGAUUUUACCAUCCUCAAGAACUGUCAACUGAAUGAGAUGAUUUCUGAAUUCUGAUACCAAUUAUCUUGAAAACACUAUUCAAAAUUACUUUGAUUUUUCCUAAUGAAAUAAACGUAUUAA